GGCAAGAAAAACCAAAGCGGCGAGGAACGACGUCGUGUGAAUUCAUUGAACUCAAUAAGUUAAAUCCGUUAAAACCCCUCUGUAAACCGAUAACUUCAUUAAUCAACGGUUACCACCUCAGGCAACGUUCCCGGUCGAUCAGUCUCCGAUUAAAAAGUCAGGAAAUGGAUCAAUCACGGCAAGUAUUCACCGUCGAUCUCCUAGAACGGUACGCAUCAAAAGGCCGUGGUGUUAUCACCUGUAUGGCAGCAGGAAACGACGUCAUCUUAUUAGGUACCAGCAAAGGCUGGCUUAUUCGACACGAUUUCGGCGCCGGCGGUUCUUCCGAUUUUGAUCUUUCUAGUGGACGGCCUGGCGAUCAAUCUAUACAUAGAGUGUUUGUGGAUCCUGGUGGUAGCCACUGUAUCGCCACCGUUAUUGGUGGAGGUGGUGCGGAGACGUUUUAUAUGCAUGCUAAAUGGAGUAAGCCACGUGUGCUUGGGAGGUUGAAAGGUUUGAUCGUUAAUGCUGUUGCUUGGAAUCGGCAACUGAUUACUGAAGCGUCUACGAAGGAAGUUGUUAUUGGGACGGAUAAUGGGCAGCUGUUUGAGAUGGCUGUAGAUGAGAAAGAUAAAAGGGAGAAGUAUAUAAAGUUUUUGUUUGAAUUAAAGGAAUUGCCUGAAGCUUUCAUGGCUUUGCAGAUGGAAACGGCUAGCUUAAGCAAUGUAACCAGAUAUUAUGUGAUGGCUGUUACUCCAACACGACUUUAUUCUUUUACUGGAAUUGGAUUAUUGGAGACAGUUUUUGCUAGUUACUUGGAACGCGCGGUGCAUUUUAUGGAACUGCCAGGGGAAAUACCAAACAGUGAAUUGCAUUUUUUUAUCAAGCAAAGAAGAGCAAUGCAUUUUGCAUGGCUUUCUGGAGCAGGUAUCUAUCACGGUAGCUUAAAUUUUGGAGCGCAGCAUAGUUACAUAAAUGGUGAUGAGAAUUUUGUGGAGAAUAAGGCUCUUUUGGACUAUUCAAAAUUAAGUGAUGGUGUUGAUGCAGUUAAACCGAGCUCAAUGGCAGUUUCAGAAUUUCAUUUCUUACUUCUUAUUGGAAACAAGGUUAAGGUUGUUAACAGAAUCAGUGAGCAAAUUAUAGAGGAGCUUCAGUUUGACCAAACAUCAGAAUCGGUUUCAAGUGGUGUUAUCGGAUUAUGCAGUGAUGCCACUGCUGGCUUGUUCUAUGCAUAUGACCAAAAUUCUAUUUUUCAGGUGUCUGUUAACGAUGAAGGGAGAGAUAUGUGGAAGGUGUAUCUAGACAUGAAAGACUAUGCUGCAGCUUUAGCAAAUUGCCGAGACCCUCUCCAGAGAGACCAAGUAUAUUUAGUGCAGGCAGAUGCUGCUUUCACCUCCAGGGAUUUUCUAAGAGCAGCAUCGUUCUAUGCAAAAAUUAAUUACAUACUAUCAUUUGAGGAAGUUACGUUGAAGUUUAUUAGUGUAGGCGAACAGGAUGCUUUGCGAACUUUCUUGUUGCGGAAGCUUGAUAAUCUUGCCAAGGAUGACAAGUGCCAAAUAACAAUGAUUUCCACAUGGGCAACUGAAUUGUACUUGGAUAAGAUAAAUCGGCUACUCUUGGAAGAGGAUAAUGCUUUGGACAAACAUAGUUUUGAGUACCAAUCAAUCAAUCAAGAGUUUCGUGCUUUCCUCAGUGACUGCAAGGAUGUCUUGGAUGAGGCAACUACUAUGAGACUUCUAGAGAGCUAUGGCAGGGUUGAAGAACUAGUGUAUUUUGCUAGUCUGAAGGAACAGUAUGAAAUUGUAAUUCACCACUAUGUUCAGCAAGGAGAAACAAAGAAAGCAUUGGAAGUGCUUCAGAAACCUGCUGUUCCAAUAGACCUUCAGUACAAGUUUGCCCCAGAUCUCAUUGUUCUUGAUGCAUAUGAAACAGUUGAGUCAUGGAUGACCACAAAAAACCUGAACCCAAGAAAACUGAUUCCUGCAAUGAUGCGUUAUUCAAGUGAACCUCAUGCAAAGAAUGAAACCCAUGAAGUCAUCAAAUAUUUGGAAUUCUGUGUUCAUUGUUUGCAUAAUGAGGAUCCUGGAGUUCACAACUUGCUUCUUUCUCUCUAUGCUAAACAGGAAGAUGAUGAUGCACUUUUGCGUUUCCUACAAUGCAAGUUUGGGAAAGGACGAGAAAAUGGUCCAGAUUUCUUCUAUGAUCCCAAGUAUGCCUUGCGCCUUUGCCUCAAAGAAAAGCGGAUGCGUGCCUGUGUUCACAUAUACAGCAUGAUGUCCAUGCACGAAGAAGCAGUUGCUCUUGCUCUACAGGUUGACCCCGAGCUUGCAAUGGCUGAAGCUGACAAGGUGGAAGAUGACGAAGAUUUGAGAAAGAAGCUUUGGCUUAUGGUUGCCAAGCAUGUUAUUGAACAAGAAAAGGGAACUAAAAGGGAGAAUAUAAGGAAGGCAAUAGCAUUUCUCAAGGAAACUGAUGGCCUUCUAAAGAUUGAGGAUAUAUUACCAUUCUUUCCAGACUUUGCCCUAAUUGAUGACUUCAAGGAGGCAAUUUGCUCAUCAUUGGAGGAUUACAACAACCAAAUCGAACAACUAAAAGAGGAGAUGAAUGAUGCUACACAUGGCGCUGACAACAUAAGAAAUGAUAUUAGUGCACUUGCUCAAAGAUAUGCUGUCAUUGACCGUGACGAGGAAUGUGGGGUUUGUAAGCGCAAAAUCUUGAUUGUGGGUGGGGACUACCGUAUGUCUCGGGGCUAUACAUCAGUAGGACAAAUGGCUCCCUUCUAUGUAUUUCCAUGUGGGCAUGCCUUUCAUGUGCAUUGCUUGAUUGCCCAUGUGACAUGUUCUGUCAAUGAAACUCAAGCAGAAUAUAUACUGGAUCUGCAGAAGCAGCUUACGUUGCUUGGUGACGGAGCUAGGAAAGACAUGAAUGGUGGCAUAACUGAGGAUUCCAUUACUAGCAUGACUCCUGCAGAUAAGCUCCGUUCUCAGCUGGAUGAUGCAAUAGCAAGCGAAUGUCCAUUUUGUGGUGAAUUGAUGAUCCGUCAGAUCUCUUUGCCUUUUAUACUCUCUGAAGAAGCACUGCUGGUUAAUUCAUGGGAGAUAAAACCACAGAACAACCUUGCGAACAUGAGGACCCUCUCUUUACCGGUAUGACCAUACCCUACUUUUGUGGCUGCAUGCUUGUCAUUAAUUGUUCUGCUUGCUUGUGGCAAUAUAAUUAUCAACAAUUAUAGAUAGCUUUUGAAAGGGUUUUUGCUGCUUGUUUAUCCAUAUGGAAUGAAGAGUUCCCGCCUUAAGAACCAACAAGAACAAGGGUGUUGUUAUUGUUAUUUUCUUAGUGUUAUACAUUAUUAAUUGUAAAUUUGAUUGUUUUAUUUUUGUAAAGAAAAAAAAACACACACACACAUAAAAGAGUAUCACAUUUUAAGGAUACUGAAA